AUGGGUGGCUGCAGCUCCAAGUCGACCAACGACGUCCUCGCCGAGCCGGUGCCGCAGCCGCAGCCGGAGCAGCUUUGCAUUGCCGCCGGCUCUGCUGCCAACGAAACCACGCUCGACGUCGCGCCCGCUGAGAUCUCAGCCGACGGUGCAGCACCUUCGGACGUGAAGCCUGACGGAGAGGAGGCGGUGGCAGAGCCCAAGGAGGCGGUGGGAGAGGAGAUCGCAGCCGAGGACGCGCCUGUUGCGACCGAGUCCGUCGAGGAGAUGCUGCCGCCCGCGCCGGCCACAACGGCGUCCUCCAUCCUGGACGGUGUGGCCGACUACCUCUCGGGCCGCAAGUCUGAGCCUGCUGUUGAGGAGACCGAGGAGACGGCGGUGGCCGACGCGCCGGCGGCGGAGGCGCCUGAUGUGGCGACGCCGGUUGCGUUUGAGACGGCGGAGGGCGAGGAGCCCAAGAAGGAGGCGGCACCAGCCGACCCGGCGCCUUCCGAGGCGGAGUCCGAGGAGCUGCCGCCGCCGGCUGCGUCGGCCAACUCGUCGUCAUGUUUGGACAAGGUGACCGACUGCAUCUCGGGCUGCAACUCUGAGGCUGCUGUUGAGCCUGGCUCCAAGCCCGUGAUCGAGCAGCCCCAGGCAGGCGAGGAGGCGCCGGUCGAGGACGCUGAGGCGCCCGAGGCAGCGCCCGAGGCAGCGCCCGAGGCAGCGCCCGAGGCAGCGCCCGAGGCAGCGCCCGAGGCAGCGCCCGAGGCAGCGCCCGAGGCAGCGCCUGAGCCUGCCGACGAGGUGGCUGCACCCUCGGCAGCUCCCGACGAGGAGAAGCCCACUCUCCUGCAGCAGUUGUCCAAGGCCUUGUCCAAUAUUCUCCCCAGGGUGCAGUGCCUGCCCUCCGCUGGCCCUUCUGCCGACGCGCCGGUCGUCGCGCUCGAGGUCCGCAAGACCUUGUAG